CUGUGUGCUGCUUGCCUUCCUACCCGUUCCUCCCUUUCCAGAGGAAGAACCUGCCGGGGACAGGGAGGACCUUGGAGAUGAGGGAACAUCGCUAUGGCAAUGGUCCGGAAGCUGCCACCAACAGAGUGGUCAGUCGGGGGGUCGUCUUCAAGCGCAACGUGCGCAAACUGCGAGAGAAGAGCGACGGCUUGGAGCUGGUGUUCCUGGUGGAUGAGUCCUCCAGCGUGGGUCACGCCAACUUCGUCAACGAGCUGAAGUUCGUCAAGAAGCUGCUGUCUGACUUCCCGGUGGUCCCCACGGCCACCCGGGUGGCCAUCGUCACUUUCUCCUCCAAAAACAACGUGAUCCCCAGAGUGAACUACAUCUCCUCCCCGGAGCCCCGGCAGCACAAGUGCUCACUGCUCACCGAGGAGAUCCCGGCCAUCACCUACAGGGGAGGAGGCACCUUCACCAAAGGAGCCUUCCAGCAAGCAGCACAAAUACUGCGGCAUUCACGUGUGAACUCCACCAAAGUGGUCUUCCUUAUCACAGAUGGCUAUUCAAAUGGCGGGGAUCCGAGGCCCAUUGCAGCUUCCCUGCGAGACCUUGGAGUGGAAAUCUUUACGUUUGGCAUUUGGCAGGGUAACAUUCGCGAACUGCAAGACAUGGCCUCACAUCCUAAGGAAGAGCACUGCUACAUCCUGCACAGUUUUGCUGAGUUUGAGGCCUUAGCUCGAAGAGCACUUCACGAAGAUCUCCCCUCCGGUAACUACAUCCAAGAGGACAUAUUCCGCUGUGCGUUUCUCUGUGAAUCAGGCCGGGACUGUUGUGAUGUGAUGGCUAGCUGUAAGUGCGGCACCAACAAUGGCCAGUAUGAGUGUAUAUGUGAGAAAGGCUACUACGGAAAGGGGCUGCAGCAUGAGUGUAUGGCUUGUCCAUCUGGAACUUACAAGCCUGAAGCAACACCGGGAGGCAUCAGCACAUGUCUGCCUUGCCCUGGGGAAAAUGAAACGUCACCACUGGGAAGCACCUCUGUUACCGACUGUGUCUGCAAGGAAGGGUACCGAGCUCUUGGUCAGCUGUGUCAAGUGGUCCAGUGUCCUGAGCUACAGCCACCUCAGAAUGGUUACUUCAUCCAGAAUGUCUGCAACAACCAGUACAACGCUGCAUGUGGCAUUCGAUGCAAGGUGGGCUUCGAUCUCUCAGGAAGUAGCAUUCGCCUGUGCCAAUCCAAUGGCCAGUGGUCGGGUUCAGACCCCAGUUGCCGAGUCCGUACGUGUCCCAGGUUGCGGAAACCUGAGCAUGGCUUUGUGAACUGCUCCACAAACAGCCCCUCCUACAAGACAGUUUGCCACGUGACCUGCAAUAAGGGCUAUCGUUUGGAAGGAAGAGCAAAACUCACCUGUUUGAUCAAUGCCCAGUGGGAUGGGAAGGCACCACGAUGUGUUGAAAUCCAUUGCUCAGCCUUGCGAGGUCCGAAAGGUGUAAUUGUGUCGCCGCACGUUUGUGGGAAAGCUGCGAUAAAACCGGGCACCUUGUGUCAGCUGAGCUGUCACCCUGGUUACAGCCUGUCAGGAGUGACCAACGUACGGUGUGCAAGUAAUGGCAGGUGGAGUGCGGGACUGCAGAAAGCAACCUGUAAAGACAUUGACCCACCUCAAAUCAGGUGCCCAGAGCCUAUUGAAACAGAGACUUUGCAGCACCAGAAAACAGCGAAUAUCAGCUGGGAGAUACCGGAAGCACAUGAUAACUCUGGCGAUGAGGUGUCUCUGCAAGUCAUCCCUGCUUUUGUCCCUCCUCACCUCUUCCCAAUCGGCGAAGUCACCAUCACAUAUAUAGCAGUGGACAAAGCGGGAAACAAAGCAAGCUGCUCAUUUAACGUAAGAGUUAUUGAUGUCGAAUCCCCUGUGAUUGACAGGUGUCGCUCACCAGUGCCUAUCCUGACACACGACGAGGAACAUCAGGUGACGUGGGAUGAACCACAGUUUUCAGACAACUCAGGUGCUCCUUUGGAAAUUAAAAAUACUCAUUCACCUGGAGAUUUGUUCCGCCGAGGGGAAACAAUAGUUCGUUACGUCGCAAUAGAUCCAUCGGGCAAUAACAGGACAUGUGAUAUUCAAAUCAUCAUCAGAGACACGGUUUGUGAAAUACCUUUCAACCCACUGAAUGGAGACUUCAUGUGUCAUGCCGAUGACAUGGGGAUGAACUGCACUCUGUAUUGCUUUGAUGGAUUUGGACUGGCUGUCACACCAGUCGAAAGUUACUACUGUGCCCAUGAUGGUUUGUGGGUUCCAUCUUCCACUGCUGACUGGCCUGACUGCUCCACGAAACGCUUCGGGAACAAUGGGCAUAAGAAAUUUGAAACGCAAUACAAAGUGAACCGGUGUGAUGACUUCACCCUUCUAGAUAGCUUCGCAAGUGCUUUCAAUAAUGCACUGGCUGAAAUGGUUCCAUCUUUGUGUGGUGAUGAUAAUGAUAUUGAAUGUGAAAUGGAGGAUUUGCCCAAAGCACAAUGCCUGGAGUACAAUUAUAACUAUGACAACGGUUUUGCCAUAAUAGGGCCAGUGUUUUGGGGAGAUAAUUAUGAUGCACUGAAUGAAAUGGAAUACCCUUAUGAUGAGCCAGACAAAGUGCUCACAAUACAGAAGCAAUCCAAUGGGCAUAGGAGGGGGCCAGACUCCCCGAGGAUGGGCGAACUGCAGCCUAAGAAGCAACAUAACCAGAAACCAAACAUAAAUAUUCCAGAAACAGACCAGAAAAUUCAUCUUGUUUUCAACAUCAGUGCAACUAUAGCGCAGCCUGAUGAACAAAACGACACGGCAGAAUUGGAGAGUCAAAGGCGGCUGCUUGAAACACUGGAGCAGGUCACCAGCCGCCUGAAAAGGGCGCUGGAAAGUGAGCCUCUGUACCGCUUCCCCUUCAAAUCUGAAACAGUCCUGUCAGACAGCAAGUCACUGGAGAGCAAUAAAGCAGCUUUAUUCUGUAGGCCUGGCUCGGUGUUAAAAGAGCGCAUGUGUGUAAACUGCCCUAUAGGGACAUUUUUCUCAUUGGAACACAUCUCUUGUGAGAGCUGCUGGAUUGGAUCCUAUCAGGACCAGGAAGGACAAUUGGAAUGCAAGAUAUGUCCCACUGGAACAUCUACUGAAUAUAUGCAUGGCAGGAGCAUCCACGAAUGCAAAGCUCAAUGCAGUCCUGGAACCUAUUCUUCAAACGGACUGGAAACCUGCGAGUCGUGCCCAUUAGGAACCUUCCAGCUGACAUAUAGUGCAAAGUCUUGCGAUCUGUGUCCAAGUGGGUUGACCACUGUCAUAAGAGGAGCCAUUAAAGCCACUGAUUGUGGAGUGCCGUGCGCUGCAGGACAUGUUUCUCGCUCUGGUAUAAUGCCAUGCUACCCCUGCCCCAGAGAUUACUAUCAGCCAGACACUGGAAAAUCGUUCUGCCUCGCCUGUCCGCUUUAUGGUUUCAACUCUGGAUUCAAACUAGCCACUGCAAGUCUGCUGAUACCUACACCACUGGAAAGCAAGCCACGUGGCAGGGCAAGUCAGGAAUUUAAUGAGUGCUUCCUGCAGCCUUGCCAGCACAGUGGGACCUGUCAAAGUGCUGGCUCUGGAUAUAUCUGCUUGUGCAAUCCUGGCUUCACAGGUUCGAACUGUGAGAUAAACAUCGAUGAAUGUGCGUCAGAUCCCUGCCAAAAUGGUGCCACGUGCCAAGAUGAAAUUGUGAACUUCUCAUGCUUGUGUCCACCUGGCUAUAUGGGUUUGCUAUGUGAAGAAGAGCUGAAUGAAUGCAACUCGCACCCAUGUCUUAGUGAUGGAACUUGUGUUGACGGCAUUAAUACAUAUUACUGCAGGUGUACAUAUGGAUUUACAGGUGUCAACUGUGAGCUGGAUAUAAAUGAAUGCCUUUCAGCUCCAUGUUUAAAUGGUGGUCUGUGUCUCAACCUGUUGGGUGGAUUUCAGUGUACCUGUCUGCCCGGUUUCUUUGGGGAUGCAUGUGAGAUUAACAUUGAUGAGUGUGGCAGUGCACCCUGUCUAAAUGGGGGAUCGUGCAUUGAUGACGUAAAUCUGUUCAGAUGUCAAUGUGCUGCAGGCUACACUGGCUUUGUCUGCGAAACAGAGGUGAAUGAGUGCAAAUCAAAUCCGUGUAUGAACCAUGCAGUAUGUGUGGAUGCUCUGAACUCUUAUACCUGCAAAUGUCCACCAAGCUUCAAUGGGACCUGGUGUGAAACAGAGUUGUCCUCCAACUUCAACCUGGAUUUUGAGGUUUCAGGAAUCUAUGGUUAUGUUUUGCUGGAUAAUAAGUUGCCAACACUCAGUGCUCUCACAUGCACUUUCUGGAUGAAAUCUUCCAACACUAUCAACUAUGGGACCCCGAUUUCCUACGCCAUUGACAAUGGCAAUGAUAAUGCCUUUCUGCUGACAGAUUAUAAUGGUUGGGUGUUAUACGUUAAUGGAAAGGAAAAGGUGACAGAUUGUCCUGCAGUGAAUGAUGGGAAGUGGCACCAUAUUUCUGUCACUUGGAAUAACACAGACGGAGCUUGGAGGGUCUAUAUAGAUGGGAAGGUUUCAGAUGGUGGGAAGGACCUUUCUACCGGAUCAAGUAUCGCAGAUGGUGGAGCAUUGGUCCUUGGACAAGAGCAGGAUAAGAAAGGAGAGGGCUUCAAUCCUGCAGAGUCUUUUGUAGGCUCAUUAAGCCAGUUGAAUAUUUGGGAUUAUGUACUUACACCACAACAGAUCAAGUUAUUAGCCACAGCCUGUCCAGAAGAUCUCAAAAAAGGUAACGUGUUGGCUUGGCCUGACUUUCUGUCUGGAAUUGUCGGAAGAGUGAAGAUAGACUCCAGGAGCAUUUUCUGCGCUGAUUGUCCUGUGCUGGGUGGAUCUCAGCCCAGCCUUCUGGUCGCCAGUAAUGAUGUAAAGCCAGGGUCAAGAGUAGAGCUUUCCUGUGAACGUGGCUACCACCUAGUUGGGGACAGUGUACAGCAUUGCCAGAAUCUGGGAGCAUGGAGGUACCCAAUUCCCCAUUGUGAAAGGAUUAACUGUGGCUCUCCCCCUGCCCUGAGCAAUGGGAGUUUUGCUACUGAGGACAAUCUCUUUGGCAGCGCUGUGUCAUAUCAGUGCAACAAUGGCUAUUACCUGCUUGGAGAUUAUAAGCUCUACUGCUCCGAUGAUGGAACCUGGGCUGGUGUCAUGCCCGUCUGCCUUGAUCUCGAUGAAUGCGCACUGGGGUCAGACUGUGAUGUGAGGUCUGAGUGCAUCAACACGGUUGGCUCAUACUCGUGUACAUGCCGGCAUCCGUAUUCAGGGGAUGGUAAAAACUGUUCAGAGCCAAUUAGUUGUCAAUAUCCAGAGCUACCCGAGCAUGGAUUGUCUGAAGGCAGUGUCUACAUCGUUGGCAGUGUAGUGACCUUUUCCUGUGAGGCUGGAUAUCAGCGGGAAGGUGUUCAGAACAUUACAUGUUUAGAGGAUGGGCAAUGGAACAACCCAAUACCUCAGUGUCAAGCUCUCUCCUGUGAGGAACCCGCUGUUCCAGAGAAUGGUAUAACUGAAGGCAAUAAUCUUACCUAUGGCAGUAUGGUGACUUUCAGUUGUAAUAAGGGAUACAUGUUGUCUGGAGCAAGAGAAAUCUCUUGUUUAGCAAAUCGUACUUGGAGCGAAGAAAUACCUACUUGUAAACCCGUGAUGUGCCCUACUCCACACGAGAUUAACAAUGGCAGAUACUAUUUGAAUGGGUCCGACCUCCUCUCCACCGUUACAUACACCUGCAAUGAUGGAUAUCAAUUACAGGGCUCCUCUGUAUUGGUGUGCGAUGUGGAUGGUGAAUGGAAUGAUACGGCACCAGCGUGUGACAUUAUAUGGUGUGGCCCUCCUCCAAUAGUUUUUGAUGCUGACAUUAAAGGAAGCAACUUCACUUUUGGAAAUAGAAUUUCUUAUAGCUGCAACGAGGGCUAUACCUUGAUAGGUUCAGAUUCAGACAGUAAAGAGUGCCUGUCCAGUGGUCAGUGGAGCCCCAGUACUCCUCAGUGUGUCCCUGUGUCAUGUGGCCCAGCUCCAAAUAUUGACCAUGCGUUACCUGAGACUGGCCAUCAGUUAUAUAGAGAUGUGGCAAUCUACUUCUGCAUGGAUGGGUACAGCAUUGCAGGGAAUUCACAGCUGAUCUGCAAUUCAAAAGGACAAUGGGCUCCUCCAGAUGGUGUGGCUGCGCCUUACUGUAUAGCAAUUUUCUGUGACAAGCCACUCUCUGUACCUUAUGCUAUUUUGGAGUCGAUUAAUAAAGUGAAAUUUGCCGCUGGUUCUCAGGUCAGUUUCAAAUGCACGGAAGGCUUUGUGUUAAAUACUUCUGCUGUCAUUGAGUGUGUCAGAGGUGGCAAUUGGACACCAUCUCCCUUAAGUAUUCAGUGUAUUCCCAUUCGUUGUGGAGAACCGCCAAACAUCGAACGAGGGCACGUGAGCGGAACUAACUACAGCUUUGGAGCAGUGGUGGCGUACACCUGUAACACAGGGUUUUACGUGAAGGACAAUAAGAAGAGAACCUGCAAGGCUAAUGGAGAUUGGAGCGGUCUUCUGCCCAGCUGCCUGCCAGUGACCUGUGGCAUCCCUCCAGCGAUUCGUAAUGGAAAUGUACAAAUCAAGAAUGGCACGAUCUUUGAAAGUGAAAUAAGAUAUUAUUGUAAUCAUAGCUUUCGACUGGUGGGUAUUUCGGUCCGUGUUUGCCAGGCCAAUCGGCAAUGGUCCAUUGAGUCACCUCCAUUCUGUGUCCUCGUGAACUGCGGGGCACCUCCAGCUAUAAAACAUGGAUAUUUUGAGGGGAGCAACUUUGGCCUUGACGCACGGGUUGAAAGUCAUUGUGAUGAAGGUUACAAGGUCUUGGGAGAUGCGGUUUUGAUCUGCCAGGAAAAUGGCAGAUGGAGUGGAGAUCAACCCCCAAAAUGCAUUCCAUUAAAGUGUCCAGAGCCACUUCUGCAGGAAAUAAAUCUUGUUGUCAAAGAGCUGAGCAGCAAUGGUGGAAUCAUUCAGCUUCAAUGUAUUGAUGGGUAUAUUUUGGAGGGGCCCUCAAUUUUACGGUGCAUGUCCAUUCAGCAAUGGAAUGAUUCCAUACCGACAUGUAAAGCUGUACUUUGUGGUCAGCCUCCUGAUAUACCAUUUGCUGAUUCUUUAAUUUCCACUCUUCACUUCGGUAGUGUUGUGAACUACUCUUGUGUGGAUGGAUUUGUACCGAAGGAAGAGUCAUUCAGGACUUGCCUGGGCGAUGGAGCCUGGAGUUUGCCGGAACCAGAGUGUAUUCCAGUGGAAUGUGCACAGCCUGAAUCCAUUGAGAAUGGAAUUGUGGAUGUACAAGGUCUUACAUAUCUCAGCACUGCACUGUACACGUGCAAACCAGGCUCCCACUUGAUAGGAAACACAACCGUAUUCUGCGGUGAGGAUGGCGAAUGGAUAGGUAGGAAGCCAUUCUGCCAGCCAAUUGAAUGCCCUUCUCCUCCAGACAUAUUAAGAGGCACAAUGACUUUCAGUAGAUUGCAUUACGGAGAUUCAGUCACAUACGUGUGUAACCGAGGAUUCAAGUUAGAAGGGCAGAAAAGACUGGUGUGCUUAGAGACAGGUCAUUGGGACGCAGAGCCUCCUGUUUGCAAAAACAUCAAAUGCGACCCACCGCAGACCAUAGAAAAUGGCUUUGUUGAAGGUGCUGAUUAUAGCUUUGGUGCCCUCAUCAUUUACAGUUGCUUUCCUGGUUUCCAUUUAGUUGGAAAUGCAAUGCAAACUUGUGAAGAGUCCUACUGGUCCAGCUAUCCACCUGUCUGCGUGCCUACAGACUGUGGCCUCCCACCGCACAUAGAUUUUGGAGGGUACAAUAAACUCCACACCCAGGACGGACAUUACGACAGUGAAGAACCCGAGAGUCUCACAAGGCCAGUCGAUCCAAGGGGAGACUACGACGAUGCAAACAGCCUUUUCACGUCACACCUGGGGCCUAAACAGGGAAUUCCUUCUUCCAUUUCUAAGAAUAGGCCAACGCUGGAUAUUGGUGCAAUGGAUCUCCUGGAGACAUCAGAGUUUUUGUGCGGAGCUAUGAUUAGUUAUUAUUGCUACAAAGGUUACGAAACAGUAGGACCCACUGCCCUAAUGUGCCAGGAAGAUGGUACAUGGAACGGAAGUGCCCCAACCUGUAUGUUGGUGGAAUGCGAACCACCAACUAAUCCAGAAAAUGGAUAUGCCAGCUUUACCAGCAAUAUGCUUGGAAGUACAGUAGAAUACAGAUGCAAUCUUGGCUAUAAAAUUGUUGGUUCAGCUACCAGACACUGUACUUCUAGUAGUGAAUGGAAUACACUGGCCCCUGUCUGUCAGCUAAUGACAUGCAGCACCCCAGAGCAAAUAGCAAAUGGCACUGUAAAGGGUGAUAGCUACACUUACAUGAGUGUAAUAUCUUAUGAAUGUAACCCUGGAUUUGUAUUAACUGGCACCGUGUCAAGAACAUGUCAAAACAACAAAGAAUGGGAUGGGGAAGAGCCUCAAUGUGCACCUAUAUCCUGCAGUAUACCACAAAUUCCUGCCAAUGGUAGCAUGACUGGGAAAGAUUAUACAUUCCAGAGCCUCAUAAUGUACAGCUGUGAUACUGGAUUUAUAAUACAGGGUGACUUAAUCCGUGUUUGCCUUGCUCAUGGAAGCUGGAGUGGAGUCGUGCCCGAGUGUAGGCUGGUAACAUGCCCACCACCUAUUAUUGUAUCCAAUGGGCAAGUCACAGGAUCUGAGUUUACAUACAGGAAAGAAGUAACAUACCAUUGUGAGGAUGGUUAUGUAUUACAUGGUGCAGCGAGUCUCAUGUGUCAGGCAGAUGGAGAGUGGAAUGCAAGCCCACCAAGCUGUGAACCUCUCGACUGUGGACCCCCAGAAGACAUCUCCUUUGGGUUUUUAAAUGGAUCCAGCUUUAAGUUUGGAGAGUCUGUGAACUACGUCUGCUUUUAUGGAUAUAAACUCACAGGGGAUCCAGUGAGGCGCUGCCUUCACAACGGCUCAUGGAGUGGAAGUGUUCCAAUCUGUGUACCGUGCAAAUGUCAACCUCCAGUCAUUCGGAAUGGAUUUACUAUCAGCAAAGAUUUCAGCUGUGGAAAUCUGAUAUCAUUCCAUUGCAAAGAGGGAUUCAAAUUGCUGGGUCCAUCGCAGGUUUCUUGUGGAGCUGGCGGGAAGUGGAGUUCGGGUUUUCCAGACUGUGGACGCAUCUCCUGUGGUGCACCCCCUGUGAUUCCCAAUGCUUUCUUUAAUGGAAGCAGCUCUUUGUAUGACAACGCCAUAACCUACAACUGUUUACCUGGCUAUACAAUGGAAGGAAAAGCAGAGGUAUUCUGCACUGAGAGGGGCAAAUGGAGUCAGCCGUACCCAGCAUGUGUGCCAUUGUCCUGCGGCCCACCUCCACCAUUACCUAAUGCUGUUGUCAUAGGAAGCGUUUAUACAUUUGGAAGUAGAAUCCAAUACAGCUGUUUGGAAGGUUACAUAAUGGAAACCGAGCAAGAUACUUCAACAUGUUCACAAGAUGGCUCUUGGUCCACUCACAGUGUCUUAUGCAAACAACAAACUUGUUCUGUAGCGUUUACCAAUGAGACACAUGUUGUUGUUUCUGGAACAGAGUUUACUGUCAAUGAAAACAUUAAUAUCUCUUGUGAAGAAGGACACAGAUUGACAGGAGUGAACGAGUCUACUUGCCAGCUGAACGGAUUGUGGCACCCACCGAUUUCAGACGCAGUAUGCUUCCCUAUGUCAUGUGAAAAGCCAAUUCCGCCAAUACAUGGAUCAGUUAAAGGAAACAGUUAUAUGUACAAAGGCACUGUGGUGUAUCAAUGUGAUCAGGGUUAUGAAUUACAGGGAGGUACAGUGAGAGUCUGUGAUGCAAACGGAGAGUGGAGUGGAAUAGAACCAUCCUGCACAAGAAUCACAUGUGGAGCAUUUCCCUCUGUGGAGAAUGCAGUGUCUACUGGAACGGAAAACUCCUACGGGAGCAAUGUCAGCUUUGUUUGCAACUAUGGCUAUCGUUUAAAUGGGCCUCAGAAGAUCGCAUGCCUUGCUACUGGAAGCUGGAGCAGACCUCUUCCCAGUUGUGAAGAGAUGCUGUGCAGUUCACUAUCCUCACCAGAAAAUGGACAAGCUAUCUAUGACUUCCUUAAGGUUGGAGGUGUGGUCAAAUUCCAUUGCAAUGAAGGCUACAGCAUCGAGGGCCAGCCUUUUGCCGAAUGUUUGGGAAAUGGAACGUGGAAUCAGCGCACACCGGUCUGCAAACCAAAACAUUGCCCAACUCCUCCUGGCAUCCCAGAAGCUGCUGUACUUUCAGAUUCAGUUUUCUAUGUGGGCCAGAAGGUUACCAUUCAAUGCCUGGAAGGUUACCAACUGCUUGGUACAACAACCAUUACUUGCAACACUGACCAGACAUGGACUCCAAUCAUGAUUCAAUGUCAAAAAAUGUCCUGUGGGGUGCCUGCGUAUGUAGCAAAUGCUUUAGUGCGAGGAGUAAAUCACCAUAAUGGGGACAUGAUAACAUACUCCUGCUACAGCGGAUAUAUGAUGGAAGGAUCCAGUGCAAGUGUAUGUCAGGAGAAUGGGACUUGGAGUCCAUCACCCAAAUGCAAAGCUGUGUGCCGAUUUCCCUGUCAGAAUAGAGGAUCUUGUGAGAGACCAAAUACAUGCUCUUGUCCAGAAGGAUGGAAGGGACGUCUCUGUGAACUCCCAAUCUGCAUCUUGCCUUGUUUGAACGGAGGCCACUGUGUAGCACCCUAUGAGUGCGAAUGUCCACAAGGAUGGACUGGGUUACGCUGUCAUAAUGCUGUGUGCCAGAAUACUUGUUUAAACGGUGGCAAAUGCAUACGACCCAAUCGAUGUCACUGCAUUUCUGGAUGGAGCGGCAGUGACUGCUCGCGGAGGAGGAAAUCAAAUCAUUAUCACCUAUUCUAAAACAAUGUUACCGAAUAAACAGCCACUAAUGUAUCUCCUUCAUCAACCUAACUGCUGGGACAACACAACACUACAAUGACAUUUAACCGCAACAAUACUUCAUCAUUGUUUCAAAUGUGAUAUAUUUUGAUACAUUUUUGUAAAACAAGCUGUAUUUUUUCAUAUUCGAGAAAUAAAAAAAACAUAUACUGUU